AUCGCCCUGAUCCCAAAUUCUAAAUCUUGCUGGGUGCGUGGCCGUGGAUUUCCAAAUUCCAACACCACUCACAAUCACAUCUUAAGUUAAGAGAAGAGCAAAGAAAAAGACAUUUGAAGUGUGUAGUAUAGUAUAGGGUUUUUAAACAAUAGAACCAAAACCCUAAUUUCACAACUUUCCCUAUGACAAAAGUUUACGGCACGGGGUUAUACGAUUUCCGGCGCCACCGCGUCGCCGAGUAUCCGGUGGCGGCGGUGUCCAUCAUCAUCAUGGUCAACGAGAAGUUCCGAGAAAAUGUUGCCGCUUGGACUUGCUUCCAUGAGAGGAAAGACGCUUUCAAAGGCUUUCUCGAGAGUGUUCUUCGCUUGAAGGAGAUACUGGAUUCACAGGUAUUUCCCCUGAAACAAUUAUCUGGUGAGGAUGAUGAACUUAUUGAUGCUACUGGUUUGGGGCUAGUUAAUGAUGCCUGUGUCCUGUACUGUGAGAGGUUUAUGGAAUUUCUAAUUGAUCUCUUGAGUCAAUUGCCAACGAGGAGGUAUUUGAGGCCUCUUGUGGCUGAUGUAGCUGUAGUUGCCAAAUGCCAUUUAAGUGCACUCUAUAGGCAUGAAAAGGGGAAACUUUUUGCACAGUUGGUUGAUUUACUGCAAUUCUAUGAAGGGUUUGAGAUUAAUGAUCAUACUGGAACACAGUUAACAGAUCAUGAGGUUCUUGAACGAUAAUGUGUUGAUAAAUAUGUUAUCGACAUUUAUCUUUUCUUCAAUCACGAAACAAUGCAAUUAAUUACCUAUCAAAUAUUUUUUUUGCAGCUAAUUAAGAAGAACUUAACAGACAUAUAAACAUAGUGAUCAUCAUGUCUACGCAACCAAAGCUUGGUCGGAUUUCCAGUAUCAGAGACCGAGUUGAAGACACUCUCUCUGCUCACCGUAAC